AUGGUGACACCUCUUGUGGUGGCAUCUCCCAUGGUGACAUCAUCUCCAAUGGUGACACCAUCUCCAAUGAUGACAUCAUCUCCAAUGGUGACAUCAUCUCUCAUGGUGGCAUCUCCUGUGGUGACACCUCCUGUGGUGGCAUCUCUCAUGAUGGCAUCUGCCAUGGUGACAUCAUGUCCCUUGGUGACAUCAUCUCUCAUGGUGACAACUCCUGCGGUGGCAUCUCCCGUGGUGACAUCAUCUCCCAUGGUGACAUCAUCUCCCGUGGUGGCAUCUCCCAUAGUGACUUCUCCAAUGGUGGCAUCUCCUGUGGUGACAUCAUCUCUCAUGGUGACACCUCCUGUGGUGCCAUCUCCCAUGCGGUGGCAUCUCCCGUGGUGA